AUGGCUGGGGAUUCAGUUGAGCAAGAUACAGUGCGCAAUGAGGUUGAGCAAGAGCUCGCGCAAACCUCUUUCAGGUGCUCCUCGCUCAGCCGGUUAUCUGGUGGCACCGCGAAUUUCGUCUAUCGAGGCAUUCCUCUCUCUGGAAAUCCACCAUCUAUCAUCAUCAAACAUACCAAGAACUACUUGUCUUCCAAUGCUAGCUUCAAGCUUGAUGCGGAGAGAUGUCACUUUGAAGGGGCCAUCCUCAAAGCACUUGAUGGCUUCGAGGUCCGCGAGUUAUCAGAGAAAAUCAGAAUUAAAACACCUCGGCUCUUCCACUUUGACAAAGAGACGAAUACACAAAUCCUCGAAGACCUGCCAGUCUCAGUCGAUCUGAAGCAAUAUCUAAUUUCGGAAGUGUCUCGCGAUAUGUCAAAGACUUCCGCACGAGCUCUGGGGCAUAGCUUAGGAUCAUGGCUGCGAUCUUUCCAUAGCUGGGCGUCCAAGCCCGAACAGGCAGAAACCCGAGAGAUUCUGAGCAAGAAUCAAGCAUUGAAAGACCUGAAGUUCUACAUCAACUACACCUGGCUAUUGGAUACCAUUGGAAAUUUCCCAGCCAUUCUGGAAGACAGUCGGGAUGUUUUCGAGAAAGUUCGCGAUUCGGCAGCAGAAGAGCUGAAGAGAACUGAGUACGAUGAUGAAUACAAUGUGGUCCAUGGCGAUUUCUGGACUGGAAACGUUCUCAUGCCCAACAAGCCGCUGACCAGCGACUCACAAACAACACUUUUCGUUAUUGAUUGGGAAAUGGCUCAGAUCGGGAGCCGAGCGUUGGAUCUGGGCCAGAUGAUUGCCGAGACAUACGAAACCAAGCUCUUUAAAAAUGCCGAACAUGGAGUAUGGGCCAUCGAAGGCCUGAUGGACGCAUACGGACCUCUAACCGAUAAGCUGGCGUUCCGAACUGCUAUCCAGAUCGGCGCUCACCUGGUCUGUUUCGGAAGUCGAGUCGCUGGAUGGGGCAGUCCAGAGCAAGUUGAAGAGGUUGUGAGGGUUGGAAGAGACCUCAUAGUACAGGCAUGGAAGGAAAAUAAGUCUUGGUUUGAGGGACACCCUCUGCAAUGUUUGUUUCAAUGGUAG